AUGCAUGUGGAGAACUCGUCGGAGCCAGGCAAAGCGCCCAAGCAUGCCGGGCAGAAGAAAACCUACCGAGCGAUCGCGGAGACCUAUGCUUUCCUUCCAAGAGAAGCUGUGACCAGGUUUCUGAUGAGUUGCACGGAGUGCCAGAAGAGGAUGCAUUUCAACUCCAACGGACUGGAGCCCAAAGAAAGCGAGCCGCCCUCCUCUUUGGUCUCGGGAAUCAUUGACUACAACAUGCCGCUCACCUCCACGUACUUGAAGCAGAUGAAGCUGCGGGUCAUGAAUUCACAAGAGCAGGAUGAGACCUCGGUGAGCAGCGAGGAUUUUGAUAUGAAUGACUCCACAUGGAUCUCAGCUGACCAGCAUCUGAACUCCAGCUUGAGCCCCAGCCAGGACGAGAGCAUGCGCAGCCCUCAAAACCUCCACAGCCAGGAGGAUGACGACUCGUCGUCGGAGAGCUGCAGCGGGAACGGCUCCUCCACCCUGAACCCCUCCACCUCCAGCAGCACACAGGGGGACAGCGCCUUCCCCGAGAUGAACGGCAAUGGCACGGCCGCCCCCAUGGACUUCGCCGCCUCGGCCGAGGACCAGCCCAUCAACCUGUGCGACAAGCUCGCGCCCGCCCACGUCACUCCUUCCUACCCGUCGGACGGCUGCAGCGCGGACGGGCUGCGGAGCCGGGUGAAGUACGCGGCGAAGACGACGGCAGAGUCUCCCCCCUACAGCUCCGGCAGCUAUGACUCCAUCAAGACCGAGGUCAGCGGCUGCCCCGAAGACCUGACCGUCGGCCGAGCGCCAACAGCCGACGACGACGACGACGACCACGAUGACCACGAGGACAAUGACAAAAUCAAUGACUCCGAGGGGAUGGAUCCCGAGCGGCUGAAGGCCUUCAACAUGUUUGUGCGUCUCUUUGUGGACGAGAAUCUGGACCGGAUGGUUCCCAUCUCCAAGCAGCCCAAGGAGAAGAUCCAGGCCAUCAUCGAGUCCUGCAGCCGGCAGUUCCCCGAGUUCCAGGAGCGGGCUCGCAAGCGCAUUCGCACUUACCUCAAGUCCUGCCGCCGCAUGAAGAAGAACGGCAUGGAGAUGACCAGGCCCACCCCACCCCACCUGACCUCAGCCAUGGCAGAAAACAUCCUGGCAGCCGCCUGCGAGAGCGAAACACGGAAAGCAGCCAAGAGAAUGCGGCUGGAGAUCUACCAGACAUCCCAGGACGAGCCCAUCGCUCUGGACAAGCAGCACUCCCGCGACUCCACGGCCAUCACCCACUCCUCCUACUCACUGCCAGCUUCGUCUUACUCCCAGGACCCGGUCUACAUCAACGGGAGCCUGAACUACAGCUACCGUGGCUACGGGACCCUCGGGGGCAGCCUCCAGCCACCCACUUCGCUCCAAACAGGGAACCACAGUAACGGUCCCACUGAUCUCAGCAUGAAAGGGGGGGCAUCCAGUACCGCCCCGUCCAACAGCACCAGCAGGGGGAUGCAGGCCGCCCAGCUCAGCCCCACGGAGAUCAGCGCGGUGCGGCAGGGCAUCCCCCGCUAGCCAGAG